AUGCCACGAUUACCAACCUCCUUACUCAUUAAUGCAUACCGAGAGAAUCCACUCCUUCCAUCGCUUCUUCGGGAAUGCCGCUCACUAGUAUCAGCUCGGAACGAGUUGCGAUGGCUUCGAGAGCGCGCACAGCGUGAUAGCCCGGAAUGGCGAACGCGCCUAAGAGCAAUGUGUCGGCAACGUUCUAAGGGGGAUCAACCAUUUGGUGAACUUGAGAUCCUCUGUGAGCGGGGAGUAUUAAUUCCAAGAUCGGAUACUGAAUCGUUUACCAACGAAGCAGCCAAGAUAAUUCAUGAAAUGGCAAAGAGCAAAAAUGAACCUUCAAGAACGAGUGAUCUCCGAGUUCUAGACCUAUGCACAGGGACAGGCUGCAUCGCACUUCUAUUACACCAACUCGUAUCACCAAACUUCAAGCAUUUAAAAAUUAUCGGCGUGGAUAUAAGUCCCCUAGCCUUGAACCUCGCACAAAGGAAUCUCGCCUAUAACCUUGAGCAAGGGUACUUAGCUGAAUCCGCUGGUACGCAAGUUCAAUUCCAACGCGCGGAUGUCCUGUCCCAGGGGUCCUCCGAGUCCAUACCAACGGUAGAAGGGAUUUUACCAAAGCUUUAUGAACUUGAUCUACCCAAGUCUAACGAAACUGGAUCUGAAAUCGAAACCGAAGUCAGACUGGAUUUACUAAUCUCCAAUCCACCCUACAUCUCCAACAAGGACUUCUGGAACGGAACCACAUCAAGAAGUGUACGUCGAUUCGAGCCACAACUAGCACUCGUACCACCACCACAACCUGCACUACCAGAUGAAUGUAACGCCGAGGAUAUAUUCUAUCAUCAUAUUCUUCGACUCUCACUGAAAUCCUUGGCAAGGGUUACUGUGUUAGAGUGCGGGGAUAUCAUGCAAGCGCGUCAGGUUGUCAAGAUGCACGAUAGCAUGACUCAAGCUCUAGCUCAAUCGGGCAGGGAAUUCAAGUUUGAUGUAAGGAUAUGGCCGGAAACUGAGCGGGAGUGUGCUGAGAAUGGGUUUCAUUUGUAUGAUGGGGCGCGGUGUGUUAUUAUUCGGCGAAUGUAA